AUGGGUAAUCCCCAGGUCGAGGAUGAACUGCAGCAGGUUGAUGACGCGGGACUUGCGAUGGGUUUCGUUCGCCUGCUGGGGCUUCUGUCGGAUCCUCUGAGGAGGGCGGGGAAGAUGAAGAUGGAGCCGGUGAUGGGUGGGGUGGACGUCUACGACGCGGAGGAAGUAAACUCCGCCCAGCCGAAGAGCUUCCCCGAGCACCUUAUCGUGAUGGUUAAUGGCAUAAUUGGCAGGUAUGCGACACCAUAUUGAUCAUUCCGCGGCUCGUGAUCCAAUUGACUUUUAUUUUUGUGAUGUCAUUCCUAAGGAUUCUUGGAUUUGCAUUGUUCUCUUCCUUGGUCGGAGGAACAUCGCGGUGUUCAUACAUAACCAGUUUCUGACGUUCGCCAUGGAAAAUAUGAGGUUGACUUUCAAGCAAUUGUACAAAAAUUACCUACAUUGGGCACUCUCGAUGUGAUUGGAAUGAUAUUGAAUUACUGCCUAACAACCUAAAGUUCUAAUUCUCUUCGAGUUGCAUAAUACUUGGAUAAAGCGAGAGAAUGCCAAGAGACUUCUGGAUUUUGGAUGAUGCUGUCAUGCUGAAAAUCAGGUUUAUGUAUCUUCGAACAAGUUCCUAUAUACCAUGCGGAUUCCAGGGAUUCCUAUAUGAAAAAGCAUCUGGCUUAUCUGGGUAACACAGAUAAUCUUUUUGGCAUUUUGAUCAAUUACAUCGAGGGAAAUUUCUGCUAUAGGCGCAUGCUAUUACUGGGCUGCUCAGAUCUGCCAUUAAUGGUAUAUCAUAAAGGGCCGCCGAGAACCAUCUCUAUGAUCAACUCUUGUAAGGUUACAGGGGUAAGAAGUGUAUGCUUUCACAGGAAGAAAAGAAGAACAAGAACAAGAAAAAAUUUGGUUCCCAGCGAUGCAUAUGUUUUCCAAUAUUUAUGUCCUUGAUGCAAACAAGCUGAGAUACAUGUACACUCAUUUGCAUAUGACUAUUGUCAUUAAAGUUAAGUCGUUGUUCUUGCCUGGUUUCUGACACCUUUUGGAUUUAAUUCAGUGCAGGCGAUUGGAAAUAUGCUGCAGAACGGUUUGUUGAUAGGUUUCCAGAUAAAGUAAUCGUGCAUCGUGAGUCUUUCUUUCCAUGGUUAGAACUUCCUUGCAUUAAAGCAUUUUUCAUAUCACUGGAUUUUAUCAGUAUCAGCACGUAGCCUUCGGCAAAGAUACUUCCAUACAAGUGCAGAGCCAGUUUUCUUAUCAGAUUUACUUGACACUUACACGAGGCUGAAGACAUUAUAAGUAAUUGAUGGUGGGUUUUAGUUUUAUGAAUCGCGCAUCUUGUUCGACUGAUCUCGUCGCUUCAUGUUGCAGUGGGAUGUAUUGUUAGCUUCUGGAUCAUCUGAAAAUGUUCUUUUACAUGCUGAAAAAUCUUUAUUUUUUUAAUCUUACGUGAUCUUGGGAAAUGGGAGAUUGAAUGGCAUGGCGUGUUUUUUUUUUUUUUUUUUUUUUUUUUUUUUGAGAUCAUCAGUUCAUAUCAUUAGGUGACAAAUAAUUUCAUCCAUAAUGGGGAAUCCACUUGCGAGUAGAUCAAAACCACGAUUCAUGGGGAAUCCAUAAUUUCUAUUAAAACCACGAAUUGUUAACUUUUGCUGUUAUUCUUGUGUACUUGGCUUGGUUCGUUUUGGUCCUGGCUCACAAGUAUCGACGUGGAUUCUUGGAAGGCGAUUGAAUCUAACUCUGCUUGACGUACUUGUUCUUCAGAAUUCCUUGCCUUGGCAUCGAAGACAGAUCAUGCUCUGAGUGCCCGAGUCGCUGACUAUGCUUACUUCUUUAACAUGUCUAUAUAUUCUUCUAUUCCUCUUCCAAAAGAAAUGAUUAAAAGAGUGUGCUUCUGGUACGAUGUUUCGGAGCAGGGAGUGAAUGCAAUUAUUCAACAUUGACCUUUGAUGGCGUUGACUUGAUGGGGGAGAGGCUGGCAAAAGAGGUAAUCGUUUUGGGGUAAAAGUCGACUUUUUUUCCCAUCUGCUUGUACGAAUUUAACUAGAAAUCUUAAGCGUUUCCGGUUUCUCAUGGCGUCCCUGGAUCGUGAUUGUGUCUUCCAGAAGAACUUGAUCGAAAUGACUUGAGACUUAUUUUUUAUUUUUUACCUUUUCUGGGUAUGCAGGUGCUCUCUGUCGUCAGUCACAGGCCAGGAGUACAGAAGAUCUCUUUUGUGGCACACUCCUUGGGCGGCCUGGUUGCCAGAUACGCGAUUGGAAAGCUCCAUGAGCCUCUCUCCAGUGGAGAAUCAACCGAUUUUGCGGCGGGUGCGUUGACCACGGAUGGAAACGUAGAACGAAUAGCAGGGUUGAAGCCGAUGAAUUUUAUAACAUUUGCUACCCCACACCUAGGCUCAAGGGGCCGCAAACAGGUCAGUCACAUCUGGAUUCCCCAUUCGAACUUUUUUUUUCCCCUGCCCAAGUAAGAUUUCGUGGGCAAUUUUCCCAAAUUAUCGAGAAUCUUGUAGAGUUGUAGACGCAUACUUUUGGCCCUACACACUCCGUAGCUUGAGAUCUUGAGGUGGCAGAAGCCCGUCACCCAGAUGACAAAGGAAUGCUGAGGAGGGUGUUAUUAGGGUAACCAUUGUGCUAUCUAAAUCAAGAAGAUGAGCUGUGGGUGUGGGAGAUAUAUGAGGAAGCCUGUUUUUAGAUGGCUGUUUGUGGCAUUGCUCUGUUUAAUGGCAGCUACCCCUCCUCUGCGGAGUUCCUUUCUUGGAGAGGAGCGCGUCCCAGACUGCGCAUUUAGUGGCUGGUAGGACUGGGACGCACCUGUUCCUCACUGACGAAGAUGAUGGAAAGCCCCCUCUUCUCCUCCAGAUGGUUGGCGACUCUCAGGAUCUACGAUUCAGGUUUGACUUGUAGAUUAGGAAUCUGAACCCCAUCAAUAAAGCACCAUUUAAUUGCCACUUCGUUUCUCUCUCUCUCUCUCUCUAGCUUCCUCUGGCCCAAGAUGCCAAUAAAAUGAUGGAAGUGUAAUAUUAGAGGUAAAUAUCACAGUUUUUAGUCAAAUAAUAUCCCCAUUUCUGAUGGGUUUCAGGUCAGCCUUGAGCUCGUUCCAGCGCCGCGUUGCCUAUUCCAACGCGAACUAUGACUGUAUCCUGCUCCAUCGCCCUCAUCCAGCCCCCCCCAUUCUCUCUCUCUCUCUCUCUCUCUCUCUCUCGCUCUCUCUGUGAAUGAAGUCUUUUGUUUGACCGCUGAAAGAUAUGGUCGGUUGGAGCACCUCGUCAAUUCGUCGCCCGCACGAACUCCCAAAGGUAGAUAUUCCUGCUUCGUGCUUCGCUCGGCUAGCCAUCCUCUUUUUACUCUGCAUGGUUAAUCUCCAGACACAUGCGCAGGAUGACCUUUUUGUGAGGGAUGAACGAUACCCACACAUCGUCUGCGUGGACAGAGGAGACGCGGGGGGCACCCACGAGGGCGUCGCAGCUUCCGACGGCGAUCCCCGGGAGCUCGAUCUGGAAGGUCCUUCGCGCCAAGAUACCAUCUUUAUAUAAAUAAUGGACGUGGGUUUCUCGGCCAAAUUUGCUCAUCUCGAACCCAUUUCACCCUGUCUGGGAUUUGCAGAGGAGAUGCUCAGAGGACUCACCCGCGUGCCGUGGGAGCGCGUAGACGUGAGCUUCCAUGGAAGCACGCAGAGAUACGUCGCUCACAGUACCAUCCAGGUGCGUAAGAGUCAUGGCAUGGCGCCGCCUUUGGGACAGUUUCCGACUUUCUGUGAGAUUUCUUCCAUGUGUUUACUUGAUAAUGGCUGUUGAUUGUGGUUGAUGUUCUUCAGACGUUGAUCCCUCUGUCGACGCUGUUCUUUGCUUGCCCAGGUCAAGAGCUACUGGAUAAACUCGGACGGCGCCGAUGUCAUCCUCCACAUGAUGGACAACUUCCUCGUCUAG